AGUGGUUGAAAUGGGUACUGCAGUCCAGAUUCAAAAUAUCGUAGAGUUGUUUUUCCCGCUCACUGCUCCUCAGACGUGAUGCUCACACGGGUUGCCAGAUUGAGGACACGCAACAGGUACGAUCGUAAAUGACAAUGGAAGUUGACCAGCUGUACACUUGAUUCCCUGCUGUGCUGGUUACUGCAAUGAAUGGUAACACUGUCCAGCAGACCACGAGCACUGCACCGUUCGUAGCACCUCCUUGUGGAUGGAGGGAGUUCUGCGAGUUGCAUGCCAGCACCACGGCCCGAGAACUUGCCCACCACUACCAGCGCUUCGUCAGAGAGCGGCCGGUGCAGGAUGUGGUCCCGCCGGAAAGUUUCUCGAAGCAGUUCAGCGCCCUCUUCCAGCACCACUUCAGCAGCGAGGUGGCUAAAGAUGCAGAACCUGCCCCACGUCUGCCGCCACCACCACCCUUACUGCCCAUGACUGCCCGCUUACGCAUCACUUCCUUCUCAGGGGUGCUGGACUACCGGGAUACCGUGCGGCCGGGAGUGACUCCGCUAGUUGCCGUGUUGGCACCCAAACCAGAUGCCGCCGGCGUCCCUAGGGAACAGGAGCAGUUGCUGCGCUGCUCUCCUGCAGACACUACACAUAGAACGCGGCAUCAUAGCCAGGAAGAUGAACAACCGGAGCGGAGGACCGGGUCUGAACAAUAUUCUCCCCCUUUGUUUCCCUUUCCUUCCCGUAGUGACGUUACCCACUUUUCCGUCAGGGGCAUUCGAGAAAGCGUAUGCCGACUCUUUAAAAAAUCCCCGCAACUUGACGAAUCCUCAAGUGGUUUCCCAAGGGAGGAUUCGAUCAAAGGGGCCGGACCCUCGGUGACUGUUGAAUGCACCUCUCAAACCCCACCUCAGACUGUGCAGGUACUCGCCCAUCGCACCUCGCAGAAGGGUGCGCGGUGGGAACGAUGGAAUCCAUUGCGAACUGUGAGACGGAGGCAAGAGACAGGAAGUGUUUGUAAAGAGGGGCAGCUGAGGUACCUGGAGGUGGAUGACACUAUCUCAGACACACCCCCGCAUUGGUUGCGCUGCCGCCUGCAGGUCAGGAGGAUCAACGAACAAACCACUAGUGAGAGGUACCAGCUGGAGCUCUAUGACCCACCUAAGGACUACAAAACGCCAAAGCUCACUGUACCCUGUUCGGACAUCCAAGAGAUUCGACGCUGUAAUCGCCUAGAGAUGCCAGACAACAUGAACACAUUUGUCUUAAAGGUUACUGGUCAUCCGGGUAGUUUUAUAUUUGAGGCUGAUAAUGAGCAGCAGGUGAGCUCUUGGACCACAGAGCUCAGAGAAUGCAUCACCAGCAGCAGGUCAGAUAGUGUGGAUGGAGAACCGUUUCCUGUUAGCGACUCGCUCAACGCAGCUCUCAGAGGGAGCACAGAGCCCGGUGGCCAGGGCUCUCUGGGUUUUGGACUCGCAGAGUACGCCUACAAUAAAACGGAUCACUUCCUGUCCUCUUACCCAUGGUUCCAUGGGCCCAUAUCACGUGUGCGGGCUGCCUACCUUGUACAGCAUGCCGGGGUCAGCGGUCAUGGGAACUUCCUCGUGAGACAGAGCGAGACGCGGAGGGGAGACUACGUCCUCACGUUUAACUACCAGGGCAGAGCAAAGCAUUUGCGUCUAUCUUUAACUGAAUGGGGUCAGUGUCGUGUGCAGCACCUGCGUUUCCCAUCAGUCAUGGACAUGCUGAGUCACUUCCGCAACUGUCCGAUCCCGCUGGAGUGCGGCGCUGCGUGUGAAGUUAUGUUGGCCAAUUAUGUGCGGGUAAACCCCACUCACACAGGUCAGAGUUCGGCUAUUGGCUCUCCAUUAUUGGUGCCCUUCUCUCACUGGAGCUCAGAGCCGAGUCUGGCUCACUGUAGUCCCGAUUCUUGCCCUCGCUCCAGCCCCUCCACUGCCCAGUCCUCAGCAUUAGCCGCGCUCCAGCACCACAUGCCCCUUUCGUUUCCAGAUCGCCCCGUUCCCGUCCCCCUGCGCCGGAGCGAGUCGGUGGGCCGCAGAAACCUGCUCCGCCACCCCAACCCGCUGCCGCCCCUACUGUCCAACCGGGACUCUGACUACGAACUGGAGCCUCCCAACAGGGGGCGCAAAAGAGCCAUCGACAACCAGUACAUGUUCUUCUGACAGAGACAGAGGAUGAAAAAGAAAACAAAAGAAGCCACAGAUGAAAAGUGCUCCAGAAUUCCCGCCUGGAUGGAGAGCAUGCGGCAGCCAAAAGAGUUCGAGUCGUGCGAGAUUGCACACGAGACUCGGGGUAGAGGCACGGGUGGCACUCGUGUCUUGCACGCGUGUCUGAACGAUACUGCCAGACACCUGACACCCAAUCCUGCCAGCUGUCUACCUUGUGAAUGUAUUAUACAGAUGUUUCACUAUCAAAUCGGUGUAGAAAAACUAAAGUAGGAAGGUGAAGUAGACAGCUGCUUAGAGGAUUUGUUGGAAGUAGCAGAUGGGAACGUUUCACGAUGGCUGGUGAGUAAGUCGUACACAAAGCAAGGGUCUAUUCAAACACGUCUGUGUCUACACUGGAAGCGGCCGACAUCGCAACAACUUGAGGCCGUCUGCACUGGAUACGUUCACAGUCAGCAGGAAGCUCGAGGCUAGACUUCAGUAAUCGACGAUUACUAAAAUGACAAUCGAUCAGACAAAAAAUAUCUUUAACAGAAAUGCAUUAAAUUGAUUUUGCAUGUGAUUGAUUUAAUAAUUUGAUGUAUGUUCGUAUUCGUACAACUGCAUAUGCUUAUGGUUAGACAUAACUAAAUUAUUUAAAUUAAUAAGUCAGACCAGCAGGCUAGACUUCAGCGAUUAUUAAAAUGACGAUAACAUUUAAAAAUAUAU